AUGGUUUCAGCCUUGGUCAGUGGAGGACCAGUCUCAUUAUUCUAUGGGUUCAUUGUGGCCUUUAUUGGUGCUGUAGCAACUGCUGCAUCACUGGGUGAAAUGACUUCAAUGUACCCUACUGCCGGUGGACAAUACCAUUUCAUCGCAAAGCUCGCCCCGAAGAAAUGGCAGUACCUCCUCAGUUGGCUCACAGGCUGGAUAGGCACCUUUGGCUGGGUUGCAUUCACAGCCAGUGCACCCUUCCUGGCUGCGACAAUGAUCCAAGGCCUGAUCACCCUCAACUCCGACUCCUAUGUCUACCAACGAUGGCACGGAACAAUGAUAUAUUGGGCGCUAUUGAUGGGAUCAGGGGCGAUGAACAUCUGGGGGAAUCGCCUGAUGGCGUUAAUUGAGAAUGCCUCUCUUAUCAUUCAUAUUGUUGCAUUCGUCGUGGUCUUCAUCGUCAUGUGGGUGUGUGCUCCAAUCAAACACUCCGCCAGCUUUGUGUUUACCUUGUUCGAAAACAACUCGGGUUGGUCGAGUGAUGGUGUUUCUUGGAGUAUUGGAAUGCUUUCAAGUUGCUAUGUGUUAGCCGGAUAUGAUGGUGCAAUCCAUCUCUGCGAAGAAAUGCUGAACCCAGCGGUUUCUGUCCCAUGGUGUAUGCUUGGAUCUCUUGCUGUCAAUGGAAUUAUGGGGUUUGCAUUUUUGUUGGCAAUUCUGUUUUGUAUGGGUGACAUGACCACCGCGCUCAACUCUGCUACCGGGUUUCCCAUUAUUGAAAUCUUCAGGAGUGUUACUGGUAGUCCAGCUGCUGCCACUGCCAUGACUUGCACGCUCAUUGUGACAGCUGCUUUGGCUACUAUCCCGCUGAUAGCCUCAACAGCACGUAUGCUUUGGUGCUUGGCUCGUGAUAAAGCCUUUCCCUUCUCGAGACAACUAUCAAAGGUGAGCAAGAAAGAUCGCGUUCCCAUCUGGUCGGUAGCAGCCGUCUCUGUAUUCCUUUUCAUCCUGGGCUUCGUCAACAUUGGCUCGACAACGGCAUUCAACGCCAUCCUCUCUCUUGCAGUCUUCGGACUGCAUGUUUCAUACAUGCUGCCAGUUAUUUUCAUGCUUUGGCGCCGUCUAUGCACGCCAGAGAUCUUGACCUAUGGGCCAUGGAAGCUUGGAGCCUUUGGCAUACCGGUCAAUAUCAUCUCCUUGAUUUAUCUGGGAUUCACGUGUAUCUUCAUGCUGUUCCCUUCAUACCAGCCUGUCACACCUGUGAACAUGAAUUACGCGUCUCUCAUCUUUGGUGUGGUUUUAAUCUUUAGCAUGAUUUACUGGGUUUGGAAAGGUCGGAAAGUAUAUGAAGGGCCGAUUAUGGGUGGCUCUGGUCACUGA